AAAUAAAUGUAUAUAUGUGUGGACCAACGUAUAUCUUAUAAGUUAUGAUUUAUUUAAUGCCAAAUUUAGGUUAUAAUUAAAUAAUAUAUAAAAUUUAUUGUGAUCACCGGCAUCUUCUUCUUCACAGUUCUCAACAGUUUAAAAGGCUUAAACCGGUUUCUUCAUGACUCCCAUCUUCUUCCCCAAUUCCCCGCGGGAAAAAUCUGUAGCCAUUGUUCCGCUUCCGUCCGGCAAUGUUGCCAGAAUUUCUACCUCUGUCGCCGCCGCAUGAGGUCUGACGCCGCCAACGAAUACAAUUCCACUCGCCAUGGCGCUCUCUGCCUCUGCGCCGCAGAGCCUGAAGCUUCGCAUUCUCUCGUGCCUCACCAAGCUCUCCGACCGAGAUACCUACUCUCUUGCUGCAUCCGAGCUCGAGUCCAUUGCUCGGAGUCUUGACGCGAAUUCCUUGCCGAUUUUCCUUUCCUGUAUAUACUCCACUGAUGCUUCGGAUAAAUCACUGGUGAGGAAGCAAUGCGUUCGUCUCUUUGCUGUUCUCUCAGAGAUUCAUGGAAACUCUCUCUCUCCGUAUCUAUCGAAGAUUCUCUCCAACAUCACACGCCGGUUUCGCGAUCCUGAUUCGUCGGUCCGAUCCGCCUGUGUUAACUCUGUAGCCGCAUUAGCUUCCACUGUUACCAAACCGCCGUUUUCGACAUUUUUGAAGCCUUUAACUGAUUCGCUUUUCACGGAGCAGGAUUCUAAUUCGCAGAUCGGAGCGGCUUUGUGUUUGGCUUCAGCAAUUGAUGCUGCACCGGAUCCGGAUCCGGUUAAGCUCGGGAAGCUUUUGCCGAGGUUUGAGAAGCUUUUGAAAUGCGAGAGUUUCAAGGCAAAGCCGGCUCUCUUGACACUGAUCGGGAGUGUUAUUGGAGUUGACGGAGUUUUCGGUAAUGGAGCUCUGAAAAAUUUGGUCCCGUGCUUGGUUGCAUUUCUAAGCAGUGAGGAUUGGGCGGCGAGAAAAUCUGCGGCGGAGGCGCUAGGUAAGCUAGCAGUCGUGGAGAGGGAUGCUCUGGCGGAGUUCAAGGCUGGUUGCUUGAAAACGCUCGAGAGUCGGCGAUUCGAUAAGGUUAAGGCUGUAAGAGAGGUAAUGAGUCAGAUGCUCGAGGCAUGGAAACAGAUUCCUGAUCUCUCGGAUGAGGCAUCUGCGCCUGCUUAUUCCCAUUCUUCCUCGAAAGAAAUCGCAAUUGAUGGACGUUAUCCACCUGGAUUAAAGAAUAAUUCUUCAGCUCGUCUUGAUGCUCCUCUCUCGAGGAAGAACACAAUCCCAGUUUACAAGUCUACACCACCGGAUGCUUCACUUGCGACGGCAGCGAGAAAAAGAAGCCCUUUGAGCGGUGGUGACAAGAAAGGAAGUUUGUCGAUGCUCCAAAAGGUUGAGCGUAAGAAGCCUCUGGACUGGAAAGUGGAAGUCUCUGUUAGGAGAUCUCCCUCCGUAGAACUGAAGGAAAGAGAUGAAAACAUUCCGGAUAGAAGGUUUAAUGAGAAACCCAAGAUUUCGAAACCAGAAACAAAACGGGCUCUCUUCAAGUCUGGAUCUCGCGUAGUUCCUUGUCCCGAGGAGUUCCCUGAAUCGACUGUUGUAGCAAGUAAUGCAACCGAUGAUCUCCACAGGAACCACAAAGACUCUGAAGAAUUGCAUUUGAUCCGUAACCAGCUUAGUCAAAUUGAAAAGCAGCAAUCCAGUCUUCUAGAUAUCCUGCAGAACUUCAUUGGGAGUUCGCAAAAUGGAAUGCGAUCGUUGGAGACGCGUGUACAUGGUCUAGAACUGGCAUUGGAUGAGAUCUCUUAUGAUCUAGCUGUAUCAAGUGGAAGGAUGUCUUAUGCUAAUACUCCCACGACCACAUGUUGUCUGCUACCUGGAGCUGAUUUUUUGAGCUCAAGGUUCUGGAAGAGAGCAGAAAGUAGACACUCAACAUCAAAGUUCUCAACUCCCAUUCGUGCAACUCCAUUGGCUCUAAUGCGCAGUAGAUCAGGCGAUCGCCAUGGAGCUAAUGUAGAUGCUGGAUCUAUGAAUGUCGAGAAUCAUAGGUUUCACGUCCAGCGACGGGGUGGCUUUAUGGUGAAUCCAUUGGCUGUGAGACAAAGUGAAUCAAGAGUUGUCUCAGAUGUAGCACUUCCAUGAACAAUUUGAUCAGGAGGCACGAAAGGGCUUACUUCCUUUGCCAUGGGCAUCUAAAGUGAUUCAACAAAGCAACUACCACGAUUUAUGUUGCUGAGGUAGUGCAUUCCAAUAUGGAUUUAAUAGCAUUUUCUAUCAUGUUCAUGAGCUAAGUGAUCUAAUUCAGUGAGGAGUCCUAAAAAAUUUGAAUGAGGUGUCAAGUUAAAUUUCUCUCUUUUCAAUUACUACUUUCUUUUUUCUUUUUCUUUUUGGGAAUAUGAUUGAAAUUGGAAUUAAAAGGAGUUUACAUUUAAAAGCCAAAUAUCCUAAGAUAGAGAGGGUGAUUACUGAUAUGUAUAUAUAGGAGCCAGAAUACAAGGCCUUUUCUCUCCUUUACGACUUACUCACAAUGGUGUUGAGUUCUUUUCAAUUGGUUGAAACAUAUUACUUGAAGUGGAAAAGAGUACAAAUAUCUGGUUGAUGAUUA